UGGACGUCGGUUAAGUUCAGUCAAGUUCAGUUAAGUUUUGUCAUUUCGGGUGUUGACAGUGCUUUUUAACGUGUUGUGCUGUGUAAUUAAAGUGGUGUUACAAUUAAGUUGAUUUAAUUGUUUUUGUGAUUGAAUGUUUUAAGUUUCGUUCCUGUCAUUCAGGGAAAACAAAAGAAAAUAUGCCGGUCUUCCACACGAAAACUAUAGAAAGCAUUCUUGAUCCUGUCGCACAGCAGGUAUCAAGGCUCGUGAUUUUACACGAAGAAGCCGAAGAUGGAAAUGCAAUGCCAGAUUUGUCAAGGCCUGUGCAAGCUGUUAGUAUGGCUGUGGCAAAUCUUGUAAAGGUUGGAAAGGAAACUAUAAAUUCGUCAGAUGAUGCUUUACUCAAACAAGACAUGCCUGGAUCCCUCCAACGAGUUGAGGGAGCUUCUCGUCUUUUAGAAGAAGCGUCAGUAAUGCUUAAACAAGAUCCUUAUUCUGGUCCUGCAAGAAAAAAAUUGAUCGAAGGUUCCCGUGGUAUAUUGCAAGGAACAAGUUCACUUUUGUUGUGUUUCGACGAGAGCGAGGUGCGUAAAAUUAUUCGAGAAUGCAAACGAGUUCUGGAUUACCUAGCAGUAUCAGAAGUAAUUGAAACAAUGGAAGACCUGGUUCACUUUUUGAAAAACCUCAGUCCUUGCUUGAGCAAAGUUUCGAGGGAAGUCAGCGCUCGUGAAAAAGAAUUAACCCAUCAAGUCCAUCGCGAAAUUUUAGUUCGCUGUCUUGAUCAGGUCAAGACACUUGCCCCAAUUCUUAUUUGUUCAAUGAAAAUCUUCAUUCACAUACUUUCUCACGGUGGAAAAGGAGCCGAGGAGGCAGCUGAAAAUCGAAAUUAUCUUACUGGUCGAAUGUCCGACGAAUUGAAUGAAAUAAUUCGCGUUCUCCAGUUGACGACCUACGAUGAAGAGGAAUGGGACGCUGACCACUUGACGGUUUUAAAGAAAGCUCAAAGUGCGAUAGAGUCAAGAAUAAGGGAGGCUUUCGACUGGCUCGACAAUGGAAGUGCUUUGCGAGGAGGCGUUGGAGAAAAGAGUAUUCGACAAAUAAUAGAUCAGGCUCAGAGGUUAGCAGAUCGUUACCUUCCACCUUCUCAGGCUGAGCCAAUGGCGAAAUUGGCUGGUGAAAUUACAACAAUGACAAAUGCUCUUUGCGAACUUCGACAACAGGGCAAAGGCAAUACUCCUCAAGCGGAAGCACUGGCUCGAGGAAUAAAGGACAAGUUGAACCAGCUUCGUUCAAAUGUUGCAUCCGCCCUUGUGGCAGCUGAUAAAUCCGGAACUGUUCAGGCAGCUCAUACAGUCGCUGGUCGUCUUGAGCAAGCCAACAAAUGGCUUCUCAAUCCUCAACACGACGACAAAGGACUUGGUCGCAAAGCCAUCGCCCUGAUAGUCCACGAAGGAAAGAAGGUAGCUGAUGGUCUUCCGGGUAUACACAAAGCAGAGAUUCUUCAACUGUGUGACGAGGUCGAGAGCCUAUCACGUCAGCUAGAAGAUCUCUGCAAUCGCGGACAGGGAUCGAGUCCCCAGGCUCAGGAAAUCGCUCGACAAUUAUCCCACAAACUUCACGAAUUGAAGAACAAAAUCCAACAAGCCGUUGUUUCUCGCGUCGUCGAGGACUUUAUUGACAUCACGACGCCCCUCAAACAAUUCACGGAAGCCGUUCUCGCCCCUGAAGGAACUCCAAAUCGGGAGCAGAAUUUCAACGACAAGACUCUCGCUCUUCAAACUUUUUCCAACAGGGCUGCAAAAACCGCAAGGAUGGUCGCUGCAGGCGGUAGUGGAGGAAAUAAAAAAUUAGCAGAAGCCUUGACCGCCAGUUCGUCCCAGAUUGAGUCCCUGACUCCGCAGCUAGUGAACGCUGGACGUAUCCGGAUGACUUAUCCCGAAAGCAAGGCAGCUGAUGAGCAUUUCGAGAAUUUGAGGCAGCAAUAUGCGGACACGAUUCAGCGAGUCAGGGCGCUUUGCGACGAAGCGACUGAUAGUGGUGCUUUUAUUAAAGCCUCCGAGGAACAAAUGCAGAAACAUUCUUUCCUCUGCGAGGACGCAAUUGACAAGCACAAUCCUCAGAAAAUGGUGGAUAAUACAUCCGCGAUUGCCAGACUGGCUAAUAGGGUUAUUCUUGUUGCUAAACAGGAAAGCGACAAUAGUGAAGAUCCUGCCUUCAUUGAGAGAGUCAAUCGGGCAGCUGAUGCUCUUCAGAAUGCUGUUGCUCCAAUGGUCCAGGACGCUAAGAGGGUGGCCGUGAACACAAAUGAUGGACCUGCAGUCUCUAAAUGGCGAGAAAGCAAUCGCAAUCUUCUGGGAGCAGUUGGUCAAGUACGAAAAGCCGUCACCGCUGAUUCUGAUCUCAUUCAGUCACCUAGCCUCUCUCAACUUCAUAUUGGCGAUGACCAACAACUAACAAGCAAACCAUACAAUUACUUCACAGAGAAAGUGGGUGAACCUUUGAGGAAUCAGCCCUCACCCAGCCAUUUACGUGUCAAUUCUCCCACGAGCAACAUUAAACCACAGCAUCGACCAGUCAGCCCUUUGCCAAAAUGGGCUCGUGGAGGAGAUAAUCCUGAUCUCUUAUACCAAGAUCUGGCUUCUGUGGAUGAAUUAGAAAAGUCAGAUCGAUCUAGAGAAAUGGCUCCUCCACGUCCACCUUUGCCCAGUGGAGACAUCCCACCUCCAAGACCACCACCACCUGAGACUGAUGACGAAGAUGAGAUGUUUAUGCAUGCCCCUCAACCUAAUCAACCAAUUAUGAUGGCGGCUCAUGGAUUGCACCAGGAAGUGCGCCAAUGGUCAAGUAAAGAUAAUGAAAUCAUUGCUGCAGCUAAAAAAAUGGCAAUUUUGAUGGGAAGAUUGUCUGGUCUCGUUAGAGGAGAAGGUGGAAAUAAACGAGAUUUGAUCGCUUGUGCAAAAGCAAUUGCAGAAGCUUCUCAGGAAGUCACUCGUCUUGCAAAAGAACUCGCCCGUGAAUGUACCGAUAAGCGCAUAAGAACGAAUCUGCUUCAAGUUUGCGAACGAAUCCCAACAAUAGGAACUCAGUUGAAGAUUUUAUCGACUGUCAAGGCUACAAUGCUUGGUGCACAAGGUACUGAGGAAGAUCAAGAAGCAACCGACAUGCUCGUCGGUAACGCCCAAAAUUUAAUGCAGAGUGUGAAGGAAACAGUUCGUGCUGCCGAAUGUGCCAGCAUCAAAAUCCGAACAGCUUCUGGAAUGAAGCUGCGUUGGGUCAGACGUCAACCCUGGUACCAAUACUAAAAACUUCGAGGAUAAAAUUCAUCAGAUUUAUCCUCCUCCUCCUAUUUUAUUUUUCUUCUCCUAUUUUCUCCUCCUCUUCCUCCUAUUUUAUUCUUCUUCUGCUCCUCCUAUUUUAUCCUCCUCCUCCUCCUCCUCUUCCUCCUCUUCCUCCUCCUUCUCCUCUUUGGAUAUAGAAAUAUCCUAAAAACGCGAAAGUAAAUUAUUUCUGCCUCGGAUUAACGAAGGAGAAGGAAAAAAUUAUUAUCGUAACAAAUUCUAAUAAUUUUUCAAUAACCAGGGAGAUAAUUAUUAAUUACGAGAGCAGUAAAACAUCCUCAUAAAGACUAAAUCGUCUCGCAGCUGGACGGAAACUGAUUAUGAAAGAGUACUUGUAGUUAAAAAAGAAUAUUUUAAAAUAUAUUAAAUUAUUAAAUGCAGCCUUAAAUUCAGCAAAGAUUUGUCUAAAUUUAAGGAAAAUGUCUGAAUUUCAAAUUUUAAUCAUACGUUUUAUUAAAUUCGGAUCAACUUUACUUGAAUCCAGAUAAAUUUUUAAUAAAUUUAAGUUAAUUACUGAAUUUAAGUACAUUUCUGAAUUUAAGGUGAAUCAUUUUAAAGCAUUCUUUUUAUUGUGUACGCUGUAAGGAAAGAUUUUAUUGCAAUUUUACAAACCGGAAGUAUUUUUAUAGGAGGAAGAGGAGGACUCUUCCUCCUAUUUCAUCCUCCUCCUAUUUUAUUCUUCUUUUGCUCCUCCUCUUCCUCCUAUUUUAUCCUCCUCUUCCUCCUCCUUCUCCUCUUUGGAUAUAGAAAUAUCCUAAAAACGCGAAAGUAAAUUAUUUCUGCCUCGGAUUAACGAAGGAGAAGGA